CAGAGCUGCUGACGCAGCCGUCAGGUUGAUCGGAGUCAUGAUAUGAUCCGUGAGAGCCGGCCGCGCGCUCGGUCCUGAAGAAAGCCAAGGUGCAAGUGCAGUCCCUGACCCAGGGAGCCUAGAGUGGCAGUGCGGGUGGCACCCAGGGCUGCCCAGAGACACAGGGCCCGGGAAGCAGAGCCGGAAAACCAGAUCUUCAGACUGCUGCUGUGUUCUUUUUUCUAAAUCUCUGUUGAAUACAGUGGGAGGACGGAGGAAAGUGGCCAGUGUGUGACCAGCGACCUUGCAGCUGGUGGGAGGAAAAAGGGCCCAGCCGAUAGCUCUGAGCCUGGAUUCGUGUAUGCAAUACAGGGCUCAGCAGGACCAGCUGACACAGCCCCAGGCCAGACCUGGAGCUUGGGCCCCGUCCUCGGCCCCCCAGCUGAGCUGAGAACGAGGAUAUCAUGGGCAAUGGCUGAUCUUUGAGGUGUUAGCAGCUAGAAACUGGACUGAGAGCCACCCACUGAUUCCUGGUAGCCACUCAGCGGCUGUUCAGCCCGAGAGAGAUGCAGUGGCCAACGCUGGUGGGGUCCCUUGUGGUCCUGCUGGGUGUGUCCGGGGCACUGGACCCUGCCCUGGAGGAAGGCUGGCGAGGAUGGAAGGCCUUCCAUGCUAAGGAGUAUCCUGAAGAGGCGGAAGCUUUCCGCAGGGCGGUCUGGGAGAAGAACCUGCGGCGGAUCGAGCACCACAACCUGGAGGAGUCUCUGGGGAAGCACAGCUACCGCCUGGAAAUGAACCACUUCGGGGACCUGACGGACGAGGAGUUUAACCAGCUUCUGAACGGUUUCCUAGCUGAGCGGCAUGGCGGGAAGGGGCCUCUCUUCCAGGAAUCGGCUGCUCGGGAGACUCCCAAGGAGGUGGACUGGCGCGCAAAGGGCUACGUUACCCCCGUGAAAAACCAGGGCCACUGCGGGUCAUGCUGGGCUUUCAGUGCCACAGGAGCCCUGGAGGGCUUGGUCUUCAAGAAGACGGGCAAACUGGUGUCGCUGAGCGAGCAGAACCUCAUGGACUGCUCGAGGAGUCUGGGGAACAACGGGUGCCGCGGGGGCUUCAUGACUCGAGCCUUCCAGUACGUACGGGACAACAAGGGCAUCAACUCGGAGCUCAACUACCCCUACUUGGAGAGGGACGAAUUCAGCUGCCAUUACAACCCCCAGGACAACGCUGCCAACUGCACCUCUCUCAUGCAGAUCCAGGAGGGCAACGAGACAGCUCUGGAGCAGGCGGUGGCCAGUGUCGGCCCGGUCUCCAUUGCCGUGGACGCCCGCACUUUCCCCUUCCGCUUCUACAAGUCAGGAAUCUUUGCUGACAGCGCGUGCAGCCACACCGUGAACCACGGGAUGCUGGCGGUGGGCUAUGGCAUAUCCCAGGAGAAUGGGACGAGCGCUGCCUACUGGAUCCUAAAGAACAGCUGGUCUGAGCAAUGGGGCGAAAAAGGUUACAUCCGGCUGGCGAAAGGAGCCGACAAUCACUGUGGUGUGGCCAAUCAAGCAAGCUAUCCCAUCUUGUAGCCAGAGAUGGGUUUUCCUCCUGCCCUAGGCCUGCAUGGCAGAAGACCUCACAUACUGCAUGGGGUUGUUUUUUUUCUUCCCACAGUCUAAAUGACUUGAUCUUCGUCUUCAGCAGGGAGAUUCUUUUUUGCUCCCAGCAGCGAUUUCUGGGCUGUUUCUUAGCUGCGAUUUACUUAGCUUUAGAAGCGAUUAAAAGUUGUGCAGCAAAUUGCUCUUGCAAGCCUGGGUAAGUCACGUUCUGGUCACGCCGCAGCAUUGCUGAACGAGGCUUCGUGCCAUGUCCAACGGAGUCAUAAAAUAAAGAAUGUUUUCCUCUCAGUGUGAAAA